ACUGCAGAGAUACUUAAUAUAAAUGAAUCAAUGAGUGGAGGCAACCACUCUGUGGUGUCUGAGUUUGUGUUGCUGGGACUCUCCAGUUCCUGGGAGAUCCAGCUUCUUCUUUUUUGGUUUUCUUGUCUUUUCUACAUGUCAAGUAUGACAGGAAACCUCCUUAUUGUGGUUACUGUGAUGUCUGACCCUUACUUACACUCCCCAAUGUAUUUUCUGUUAGCAAAUCUCUCCAUCAUUGACCUGAUAUUUUGCUCUAUUGCAGCACCCAAGAUGAUCUGUGAUCUUUUCAGGAAGCAAAAAGUCAUCUCCUUUCGGGGCUGUAUAGCUCAGAUCUUCUUUAGCCAUGCUGUGGGAGGCACAGAAAUGGUGCUGCUCAUCGCCAUGGCCUUUGAUAGAUAUGUGGCCAUAUGUAAGCCUCUCCACUACCUGACCAUCAUGAGCCCACGAAUGUGCAUCUUUAUUUUAGUGGUUGCCGGGACUAUUGGUCUUACUCACUCAUUGACUCAACUGGCUUUUGUGGUACACUUGCCUUUCUGUGGCCCUAAUGUCUUGGACAGCUUUUACUGUGACCUUCCUCAGCUCAUCAAACUUGCUUGUACAGAUACUUAUAAACUGAAGUUCAUGGUCACUGCUAAUAGUGGAUUCAUUUCCUUGGGUGCUUUCUUCUUGCUCAUCCUGUCUUAUGUAUUCAUCUUGGUCACUCUUCAGAAACACCCCUCAGGUGCUUCAUCCAAGGCUCUUUCCACUCUGUCAGCUCAUAUUAUUGUGGUGAUUCUGUUCUUUGGUCCACUGAUUUUUUUCUAUCUGUCGCCCUCUCCUUCAACACAUCUGGAUAAAUUUCUAGCCAUAUUUGAUGCAGUUUUAACUCCUUUUCUCAAUCCAGUCAUCUACACACUCAGGAACAGAGAGAUGAAGAUGGCAAUGAGGAGAAUGUUCUGUCAGCUUAUGACUUUUAGGCAAAAAAUCACUAGAUAG